AGGUCGGCGAAUGGCUUUAACCUAUCGAAGAGAUCCUCUUUACCCGCUUACCCCUGAUGCUGCAACUUCUUGAAAAACCCAGUCAAUUGUGACUUUGACUAGAGGUAAAAGUACUAGAUUUAUGAUUACUGUCACCACGAGACGGCGGAAUACAAAUGUACUAUCCACAAUAUUUUCUUUGUAGACACUUUAUUUUUCCUUGUUGGUUCUCGCCUAGCACUAGCACCACGCAAGAUAUACCACAACCACCUUCAUCGUCAAGGCUUAUCAUGAGUUGACAUUUCACCCGUUCUUCCGUACACAGCACGAUGGCACCCAAAUCUUAAUAAACAACACCAUCUCCAAAUCCCCCACAAAAGAUGUUUCAAAACGGGCAGCAAUUUUCCAAACUGCGCGAGCAGGUGGCAAAAGAGGAGGAUGAAAAAGCGCACAAAAAGGCGGAACGGCGCGUCACGAGCCUGCAGAUCAACGUAUAGAUUGUUGAUGUCAUUGUAAGUAGUCACGGUCAAUCAUCCGACAAGCUAUGGACUUCACGACCACGUACGAUGAGCGCUGAAUAUGUUCUUGUAUGUCGGCACAGAAAAAACGCACACGCAGUUAUCGUUGUCUGGCUCUCUCACCAAAAUAGCUUUAUUCAACGUGUUAAAUGCAGGUCUACGAUCUCUGCCUCCACAAGACUUUUUCGAAGCAUCUCCCCCGGGAACUGAAACUGAAAAUCAUUCGGUACCUCGAGGAGCCGCGGAGCCACCCACUUGCGCUGCCGGCUGCGCUGAAUGCGACGCGGCUGCAGGCGAUUGCAGCGGGGGGAAAGGCGAAAUUUUUCCAUCACACGUCCAAAAGUAUCCAGCGGAAGCGAACUAUUCUCGUUUCAAGGCAAGUCUUAUUUGAUGAAGACAGGAACGCAUGACAAACUACAUUGAGAUGAUGCGCAUGAAUGAGAUUCCAUUCGCGAUAGUUGGCCUUACAUGACUUGCCCUGUGUGAACGCGAAUAUAAUUUACCGAUCAUGAAACAACUUCUCGAGAUCGCGGAGCAGGCCGCGCGACAGGGCAAACUCGAAGUGAGCAUCAACUUUCAGCAGCAUCUUUGUGCCGGGGCGAACGCGGAGUUCUUAGCACCCCUUGGCCCCGACGGACGCACGAAGGUGCCCACCUUUGACGAUUUUUUCCGGGUGUUUCCGAAUUUUUACAACGACUUGAAACACCGUGGCUUCGUGCUCCGGGAGCAUGCGAAUCUUCAGGGGAGAACACACGACGAACUGGUGCUAGUCCUGGACCCCGACAAAAACACCCGACCGGACCUGAACUUGACGGCAGACAACAUGGCGGAGAACGCUCGCGCGCGCGCCCCCGCUGGUUUCCGAGAUUUAAACCACGAGGCCAUCCUUCAGAGGCUGAGGGAAAACGAAAAUCGCAUUAAUCGCAUUCGCGGUAUGGAAUGUGCAAGCGGGCAUGGUUUCUCGAAGUGCUAGAACAGGCUAGUUCAUAUAUUAUAUGGUGGUCCACGACCAUCAUGGCAAAAAUAAAACAUCGCAUGGGAGCGAGGCACCAUUUCAACAGUUUUAUUUUCAGUGCAUGUCAAUUUUCUUCCUCGCACUGUCGUGCUUAACCACUUUGUGCAUGCCGUGUGUGAUGAACAAUCAUUCAAGGUAGCUGACCUGAUAAAAACUUCACUGCACCACCUGGUCAGGGACAACAACUCGCAUUGGAUUUAUUUCGAUAAUUCAGGUCGUUAUGCAAACGGGCCUUCGUCUUUGACUUUGAACAAGAAAACAUGCACUUUGGCACUGGGAUAGGUUACCUCUUCGUGCCCAUCAUUCCGAACCCACACGCGCCCCUCGCUCCCUUGGGAGACGGAGACUUGAUCCGCCCAGCCCAGGACAACUUGGACGGGGAAGGAGGUGUGACACCCCCGUUUGAUAGGGACGGAGAAGCGGAUAUGACACCCCCGUUUGGUGGGGACGGAGAAGCGAUGACACCGGAUGGGCCGUUACUACAAGAAGGAGAUCUUAUCUAUCCGGGCGAUGGAGGAGCAGGAGCUGGAACACCACCGCAUGCGCUAGGAGCUUUAACACCUCGAUAAGUAAGUUUUUUUUCUGUCCUUCACCAGUAGCAGCAAUGUUGAAAUUCUCCCAUCAAUCCAGGCACUCAUGAUGAGGCUGAAAGGUCGAAAAAUGAAAAAAAUGUAUCUAAGUAAGGCGAUUGUAACGUGGAACAGAAUUAUGGAUACACUCAUCAAGCUCUUUUCUAUCCAGGACACAAUAAACCAGGAAAACCCAGACUGUAACUGAGCAGCCCGAACAAUAUAUUUUUACACCGCUGAUUAUUCUGAUGUUCAGAGGUACUUCCAAGAGGUUUAGAUACUACUUUUGUCAUUGUACUACGAACACUAUGACACUUGAACACAGCCUCAGCCAUCUCGAAAAAAAUAAUUUAUGCCGUUGAUGUUGUACAAAGACAAACCACAACCAAAACUGUGAACUUCUUAUUCCUUCGAUCUAAAAAACGUACAUAUGUGGAGACAUUCCAUCAAAGACUUCUGACACCCAUUCUUCGUGAAGAACGUGUGUAAAAACUAGAAACACAUUUCACUUCUGACACCCAUUCUUUCUACCACCGGAAUGCUUACACCUCAAACGAAGCCUCUUUUUGGGUAGUCUGUUUACCUAACGAGGUUACGUAUUUUGCUUGUCGUCUGCCUGCAACAAGCACGAUCUGAGUUCACCUACAGGUUGUUCGUGACAUGGCACCAACAACACCAAGUCGUAUUUUUUGAUUAAAAAACCCAGCACAGCAGGCU